GGCUGGGGGAGGGGGGGUGUCGGCGCACCGCACAGUGCUGAGCUCGGAGAGCCUGGCACUCGGAGCUGCCGCCUCCCCCUCCCCCUGCUAAGACUGCUAGAACCCCUUUCUUUUCUAUGCUCCGGAGGUGGGGGCGAGGAGGGCUGAGCUGACCUAGGCGGGCGGGGCGGAGCCCGGAGCCCCACCGAGCGCUGCGGAGCGAACCCUCACCUCCCUUCUUGGGCGCAAGUGUGAGUGACUGCCGCAUGUUGUGUUGAUGCCAGUCUGCCAUGCUAGCCUGUCUACCAGGGCCAGGUGACCUGUCCUUUCAGCUUCUUUCUCACACGCAGAUGAACACUGGACUUCAGAAAUGGGACACUACACAGAAAAUGAGAACUGCUCACUAUCCUACCCCAGCCGAAUUGGAUGCAUAUGCUAAGAAGGUUGCAAACAACCCACUGACUAUAAAAAUCUUCCCCAACAGUGUGAAGGUUCCCCAGCGGAAACACGUUCGUCGUACUGUGAACGGCCUCGACACAUCAGCCCAGCGCUACAGCCCCUACCCGACUCAGGCUGCCACCAAGGCAGGCCUGCUUGCUAUUGUCAAAGUGCCAGCCAAAAGCAUACUCAAGGACUUUGACGGCACCCGAGCCCGGUUGCUCCCUGAGGCCAUCAUGAACCCCCCAGUGGCACCCUAUGCUACCGUGGCACCCAGCACUUUAGCCCACCCCCAGGCCCAGGCUCUGGCCCGCCAGCAGGCCCUGCAGCAUGCACAGACCCUGGCCCAUGCUCCUCCCCAGACGCUGCAGCACCCUCAGGGUAUCCCGCCACCCCAGGCGCUGCCCCAUCCUCAGAGCCUCCAGCAGCCUCAGGGCCUGGGCCAUCCUCAGCCCAUGGCCCAAACCCAGGGCUUGGUCCACCCUCAGGCUCUGGCUCACCAGGGUCUCCAGCACCCCCCUAAUCCCUUGUUGCAUGGAGGCCGGAAGAUACCAGACUCAGAUGCCCCCCCGAAUGUGACCGUGUCUACCUCAACUAUCCCUCUUUCAAUGGCAGCCACCCUGCAGCACAGCCAGCCCCCGGACCUGAGCAGCAUCGUGCACCAGAUCAACCAGUUUUGCCAGACGAGGGCGGGCAUCAGCACUACCUCAGUGUGUGAGGGCCAGAUCGCCAACCCCAGCCCCAUUAGCCGCAGUCUGCUCAUCAAUGCAAGCACCCGUGUGUCGACCCACAGCGUCCCCACACCAAUGCCUUCAUGUGUGGUCAAUCCCAUGGAGCACACUCAUGCGGCUACGGCCACGUUGCCUGCCGCAGGCCUUGUCAACCUGCCCACGGGCAUCUCUCGAGCCCCCACUGGCUACCCUAGCGACCUCAAGUCAGUCGCCUGGAACCAGCAUCAGCUGGCCCACCUACAACAGAUGUGCAGCGAGGCUGGUGGGACACCGGCAGCCCCUGGCCUGACCGGCAAGCAUGCAGCAGGACGUGAGUUGGCAGGGCCUGGCUUUGUGGGCAAGGCCCCUGCCUACUCGCAGGAACUCUGCCUGGCACAGUCCUUCCAUCUGAAGCCACCCCUGGAGAAGCCAACCCCAUCCCCACCAGUCAAUGGCCUGGCAGCCCCACUGGCCUACCCCAAUGGUCACUACUUCCAACCCCUGUGGAACAACAUUCUGCCCACUCCCAAUAGCGACAGCUCAGGGUCUCAGGACCUCGCCAUGCCGUUCCAUGGUGGGCAGCCCACAGGUGCACCUCUCGACUGUGCUGCGGCUGCUGGGGCCCACUACCGAGCAGGGACCGGGGGCGGUCCAGUGGCAAGCCAGAACACCUUGAUGCAAACAGUGGAUUACCUAAGUGGGGAUUUCCAGCAGGCCUGCUUCCGAGAACAGAGCCUGGCCAUGCUGAGCAAGGCCCACCGUGCCCCUGGCAGCCGUGCCCCUGAUCCCACAGAUAGUCGAAGUCUUCAUAUUCAGCACCCAGGGUAUAGAUAGGUAGCCCCAGUGCCCUUCACAGGAUAUACAUCAUACAUCACCCUCCUAGGUUUAGUCUUUCUUUUGAGUAACUGGAUAGUUUUAAAAAAAAAUUUACUGCUCCAAUGUGAUCAUUCUUAGCUGUCUGAGAAAGGAAGUUUGUCAGGAUCUCAUUGAGGACAGAGAUGGGUCUUCUGUGCCCUCAUACUCCCCUCUACUAGCCCCAGCAGGCUUCCCCCCCGACUGCCUGCCUAUCAGUCAGUCCCUUCAUCAUACUCAUCUCCCAGCAGCCUCCUCCUGUCUUUUCCUGUGCCUCUACCUAUUUCCCUUAAGACUGACAUAUGGACUGAGGAAAGGGCCCUAAGGUGAGGUAGAUGUAGGUACCUAGCCCCUUAAGAUAGGCCUCUCCCCGUCUCUUUCUGUAGGACUGAGAAGCCAGACAUUUCCAGUCCUCUGGAAGUUAAUUCCUUAUUCAUCCAAAGAUCUCAGAUCAACACCAACCUGUCUUCAGCUCCUCUCUGCGCCUCUCCAUUCCUUAAGGUUUUGUUUUGCAUCUUUACUGAUCCUGUGCCUCUGCACUUGUCCUUGAUCCCUCCACCUCAAGGGCAUUCUGCAGACACUUGGCCAUAGCCGUGAGACAUGGAAAAAUCAUGUCUUUGUAUUACCAUCUUGAUUUCCCCUUUCCAGCCCUAGAUAAAU